AUGCGUUCUUUACUGCUAGACCUACUAAUCUGUAUUUUACUUGUUAAAGUUAGUAAGAGCGAAAAAAUUACUUUCGAAAAUGUAACAUUCCGGUGGCGUGUUGAUAACGAACUAAUAGAAUCGGUAGCUACAUCUGAGAGUCUUAAGAAAAUCAUUCCUGAUGUAACCAAAGUGUCGGUGCACAUCUUGGGACACGUUCCCAUCUUGUACGAAAAAUCGAUUUUCGAUAUACCAAAUUUGAACGGACUUAACUUGUCCGAUGUGGGUUUGGAGGAAAUCGAAUCGCAAGCUUUUGGUAACUUACCACCUUUGGAAAAUCUCCUUCUAUCGUGGAAUAACUUGACACAAAUCAAAACUGAUACUUUUUCCGAUCUAAAUGUAUCGAAUGUAGAUUUGUCUUUCAACUCAAUCACCCUUCUAGAACCAGGAGCCUUCAAGAAUUUCAACGCUUCUAUCGUGUCACUUGAUAGCAACAGACUCACUGAAUUGUUAAGUGGUGUUUUUGAGAACGUUACCCUUGGAAGCUUGAGUUUGAAUGAUAAUCUUCUCCACACCAUCCCACCAACGGCUCUGUCUUCAAUUGGACUGACAAAAUUGUAUUUGCUUGGGAACAAUUUCGAAGAAAUCGAUCCGGAAGUCUUUGACCUGCAAGAAUUGGUAUCACUCGAUUUGGAUUACAACUCAAUCAAGCUUCUGCGACCUGGUGAUUUGAGAAACUUGCCAGAGUUGAAGAAACUCUGGCUUUCGGGAAACGAGUUGGAAGAAAUCCCAGAAGGGGUUUUCAACAACACCAAACUCAUCUAUUUGUAUCUAGCCACAAACAAUAUUGUUAAAAUUGCGAGUAAAGCUUUUGAGGACAUGUCUGCGCUUAGAGUGUUGAACAUUGACUCCAAUAAUGUUACACAUUGA